AUGAGGAGAAUCUAUGUCAUAUCUACUGACAUUAUUCACUCUAAAACUUGCCAUAUCCAUUUUAUGUAUGGUGAACCUAACAGUAGCUUGAGACAUGCUUUUUGGGAACAACAAUGCCAACAGUCUAAUGCUCCCUUAGAUGAACCAGUUUUCUUCAUAGGUGAUUUUAAUGCUCUUCUAGGAACUGAAGAUAAAAAUGGUGGGUUAGAAGUUGAUGACUCUGAUUUCUCAAAUCUUAGGAAUUUUUGUUUUAUUUUCAAUUUGCAUGAUCCAGGUUUCUCUGGUCCUAGAUUUACUUGGUCCAAUAUGCAACAGGGUCCUGACUUAAUUCUUGAAAGAUUAUAUAGAUGUCUUAUCAACCAAGCUGCUGAGGAUUUAUGCCCCAAACUUUGUGUUAACAAUCUUCCUAGAGACUCUUCUGAUCAUUGUCCCAUGCAUAUUGGUUUCAAUUAUGAGGACAUUUGUAUUCCUAGGCCUUUCCACUUCAUGGCUAUGUGGAUGGAAGAUCCAACCUGUCUUAGGGACUGGAAUAAAAAUUCUUUUGGUAAUAUUCAAACUAAUAUAUCUACCAUUAGGAAAGAGUUGGCAGAGGUCCAAAUUUCUAAUCCAACAGAUACUAGUACUACUUCCAGGCUCAAGGCUAGACUGGAAUAUCUCUACAACUUAGAGGAACUAUAUUGGGAGGAUAAAUCUAGGGAGGUUUUGCUCAUGGAAGGUGACAGAAAUUCACCCUAUUUCCAUAGAGUCACCCUCUUUAGGACAAAAAGAAAUGAUAUUAGUUGGAUAAAGGAUUCCUCAAAUACUAUUCUAACUGAAAGAGAUAGUAUUGGAACUUCUUUUAUAAAUUAUUUCAAAAACCUGUAUUCUUCUCAUCCUCAACAAUUUCAAGAUGAAAUCCUUAUUGAUCUCCCCAUAGAAUUUUCUGUUGAGGAUUAUUCUCUUCUAAAUUUGCCUCGUACUGUUGAGAAAAUCAAGAAUGUUGUUUUCCAAAUGGGGAUGGUUUUACAGAGGAGUAUUUAUGAUAAUAUUCUGCUAGCUAAUGAAGCUAUAUUUGUUGUCAAUCAUAAUGACAAAACUGAAGGCAUUGUUGCCAUUAAACUUGAUAUGUCAAAAACUUAUGAUAAAUUAGAAUGCCCUACUGGGUUUUUCCAACCUGAAAGAGGUCUGAGACAAGGGGAUCCUUUAUCCCCCUAUCUUUAUAUCAUCUGCUCUGAAGCUUUAUCUUCUUACAUUGACAGCCUUCAAAAGAAAGUAAUUUUAGAAGGUAUCAAAGUUUGUAAAGAUGCUCCAGAAAUGACACAUCUGUUGUUUGUUGAUGAUUCUCUUUUGUUUUCUAAAGCUAAUAUUCAAGACUUUCAAGUUAUCAAAGAUUAUCUUCAAAAGUACUGUCUGGCUUCUGGGCAAGAAAUAAAUUUUGAUAAAUCUGGUAUUUUAUUUAGUAGGAAAAUUCCUGAACACAUGAAAGCUCUUCUGGCUAACAUUCUAGAAAUUAAGAGCAGAGAUUUAGGAGAAAAAUAUCUUGGCACUCCAACUGUGUUCCAAGCCUCUAAAAUUCAAACCCACAUGGGUAUUCUCCAAGCUGUGGAUGCCAGAAUCUCUAUUUGGCUACAUAAGCUCCUGUCUCAAGCUGCUAUAACAACUUUGAUAAAACACAUUGGUCAAACUAUCCCCCUUUUUCAAAUGAGAGCUUUCUGCAUUCCUAAACACCUUUGUAAACAAAUGGAUUCCCAUCUUUGUAAAUUCUGGUGGGGAGAAACUUUAGAUCCUAAAGACAGGAAACUUCAUCUUUUAGGAUGA